CUUUUGUCCCAACUCUCGACUCCUGAAAAGCGAUGCCAUGCGGAAAGUGCAGACAUCUCUUAAUGCUCUGUUACUGCAGGAAACUCUUCGGGAGUUACUGCAUGUUUGUCAACUUUAUCAUAAGCCUUUCCAAUUGUUUGCCUGUUGAGAUGCUGGGCGGCUCGACAGAUUUGGAAGGGAUCGGCAGGCUGUAGCACCAGACAUUGGACGUUUGGGACAAAAGUUGUAGAGGUGAUGUAUCAAAUUGAGGCCAAAUUUGAUCAUCGACCCGUUUUCGGCUUUUCCUCUAU